UUUUCUUUUUUUUUUUUUUUGUUAUUUCUAUUUUCAAUUUCCAGAAUAAAUUUGGCUGGCUCUCCGCAAUUACUCUCACUUUUGAUUCACUCGACAUAUACCGGUUUUCUUUUCUGACAAACGAAUCUAAAAAAAAAACUUGCCCUUCCCCUUUAUUCCUUAUAAAUUAAUGAGGUCCCAACAGAUCAACCACCGAUACUCUUUUCCGCCACUACCCACAAUGAACACUGUUCAGAGCAAGCCUCUUUUGCCCGAGCAAAACCGAUCCUCCACAGAAAGCCCUGAUGACCAGUUGGUGGAGUUAUGUACAAAGUACAUCCCAAGUUCUCUCUUUAUCCCGAAAGAUAAAUUGGAGCCAUUUGAAAGCCCUCUGACAGAAUCCAACUUGAAAUUUCACACGACCAUUAAUCCUCCUUCUAAGGAAUCAAAAGCUGCCUUGGUAUAUCGCUAUGUACAAUUGCAAAAGCACAUGGUCAAGUUAGAGGAUCGACUUCGAAGAGAUAUAGAGUCAAAGAAGAUCAAGUUGGUUCCUUUGGAUCUGCAAGGACAGGAAUCUGAAGUGAUACGUGACGAUCACAUCGAGGGAUGCCUAUCUGUCGGAAGCAAUAUAUCGGCCUUAGACUUACAUAGACCAUGCCACGAGCAAUUUUUGUCUCCUAGUGAAAGUGCAUUUCCACGGACAUUGGUAGAUCAACCCGUCAAAGAGUUGCCGCAGGACGCUGGAAAAAAACGCAAAUCGUUGAAGAGGAAAUUAAUAUCGUUGCUGCGCAAAAGCCCUCGUAAGUCUAGAGUAGCAGGGCAUUCUUCGAACGAACCGUCGUUCGAAGAGGCAAAUCAUCAAUCCCUUCGCGAAACAGUCUCAAUGUCAACUCUCAAUCAUCAAAGGUUGAGUAUAGAGGAACGCUUGAGGAAGCACCGAUCCAUGCCAAUUGGGACGACGUUUGCCCUAUACCAGGAAGAGAAACUCAGGUUGAUCCAACAAAACGCCAGACUAUCAUCUACCCCUGUAUCAAGCAGUCCACCUUCCCCGACUCAAAAAUCAACGGGUUCGCACAGCAAUCGUAAGCGUGACUCUAAUGUGUCAUUGCUAGCAUCAAUCUCCUUACGAUCCUUGUUCAAAAUGGAAAACAAUCAAAGCCACCAGAAGCGUUUCUCCAAGAGUGUAGGCGUCGAAAUACUGGACUAUACAGAAGAGCUUUCUGACACUGUACACCAAUCCAAUGACGCCAGCUUGGGACGCCAAGAUAGUUUCCUAGCGUUUCGAUACCCCAAAAUGGCCCCAUUAGACUAUCUAGAGCAGGCCAAUAUUAAGUACGAUCUGACUAGUCGAGCUCAAGAAAUUCAAAUGUUGGAAAAUUCAGUCAAACGUUUUGAAAGCGUCAAGCCCAGUUCAUUUCAAAACUUGGCAGCUUUAGCUGUUUCUUUCUAGAUUAUUCGUCACAUUCACUAAGACCUCCGUUCCCCAACUAACACUACGUUUUUGUAAAACUUUCUCUGAUAUUAUUUCCCUUCCUUGUAAAUCACUCUAUUGUCUCUCCCUCACAUGUCAAACACUAUCUUUUCAUUGACGCAAGACCGCUUAAGUUUUGGUUCUUUAUUUUAAAUUAUGUGUACUCCCAGAAAGCCUGGAUGUCUUUCUCUCUUUCCUUUUUUUUUUUUGAUAAAAUAAAAUGCGAACUCGGUUCAGUUAUGUAAUCUGGUCUUGACCCUCACUUCGAUUCUUUACUCUUUUGCGAAAUCUAUGUAUUAAUUGCUGGCAAUACCAUCAAGUCUACCGAGGUUGUUCGACACCUAAGGCUCGACAUUUUAUACACCGAGCAUACCGCCAAAUUGACUGGCAUAUUGCAUUGGUCGUACAUCAGGGUGUGGCUUAGGGUAGAGGAAAAAAAAUAAGAUUAACGUCCCUUUGAUAUAUGGAAAACAUCAUUG